AUGUUCAGAAAAAAUGUUUGGACAUUUCAAUCACAACAACACCUUCACUCUCAACUUCGUACUUCUAAAAGACUAAAAAUGCUGUCAAAUAAAAGGACAUUGGCUGACUCUGUACCAAAAGAAGAAAAAACUUUAAUACAAACACUAUCUGUAGAUAGUAUUACUCAAUUUAAAAACCUUAUUAAUUCAAAUUCUGAGUAUGACAUUCUUCAAGGACUAAAUGGAUUUAGAAAAUUACUUUUAGGCACACAACCCCCUUUAAUUGAAAUUUAUCAAAGUGGAGUAUUACCUCGAUUAUCUCAAUUAAUUUCAGGAGAAAUAUCAAUUAAAAAUUUAGCUGUUGGAAUUACUGCAUCAAUGGCAGCAAUUGAUAACCCUCAAAUUAUUGAUGAAUUUAUUCAACUAGGGAUAGCUAAACAAUAUGCUGAUAUAUUAUGUUCACAAUUUAAAUUAAAAUUUCUAAAUAUAUUUGAGCAAGCUGCAAAUGGAAUUGGUAAUAUUAUGGGUUCGUCUCCAUAUUAUAGAGACAUAUGUUUAUCUUAUGGAUUUUUUAAUUCAUUUUUAAGACUAUGUGAUCGAUUUCUUAGUUUAAGAACAGACCCAACAAUGCCAACAGCAUUAUGCCAUGUUAUUAUGAAUAUUACAUCAGGAAAUCCAAAAUGUGAUGAAAGGUUUGCAUAUGUAUUGAUGCCUUACGUAAUUAAAAUGGGGCAAGGGUUUGAAGGAGAUACAUCAUUAUACAUGUUACAGACAAUGGUUAAUUUGUCUGAAUUUAAUAUUGAACUUGUAUGUAGAAUGGUACAUUCAAAUGAAGUAAUGGAAUUUUUAACGGGAAUUAUGAACAUGAGAUAUGGUGAUUUUCAAAAAUUUGUAUUACAAUUUAUUAGUAAUUGUCAUGACAAAUAUCCUGACACUUAUAACUAUAUUUCUAAUUUAUAUGAAUCUACUAUUAAUGUGUGUUGGCAGGCAUCAAAUUCAAUAAUUAUUCAAAUGUUUUCAUUUAUUAAUUCUGUAUUAAUAACUCCAAAAUAUACUGAAAGUGCUAUUCAAAUUAUUAGAAAUAAUGAGAGGUUUAUUUCUUUUUUAAUUACAUCAACAGCUAAUCAAAAUGUAGAAGCUGCAUUUUUUUCAAUUGAGGUAAUGAACUUUAUAUUGAUGACUAAGAAACAUGAUUUUAAUUUGAUUCAAGAAUUCCAAAGAAAAGGAAUAAUAAUUCAUGUUCUUUCUGCCUUAACAAGACCUUCCGUACAAGAAAAACCUAAUAUAGUUUCUGAUUUACUUGAUAUUAUUAUCAUUUGUAUGUCUUUUGAAAUAAAUAAUGAAUCAAAUAAUAUGGUUGGCGAGAAUUUUGACUUUUCACCAAUACAAGAUUUCGAAGAAAAAGAUGGAAAAGAAGUCAUUGAUACUAUUUGUUUAUUACUCCCAGAAUUUGAUAAUAAAGUUAAUACAAUUAAACAAAUUGUUUUUUCUAAAAGAAAUGAUGUAUCGAAUCACCUUUAA